AUGAGUUUUUGAGGCAGCCGCGCAAACCGCUCUUUAUUUACCUACCUUACCACACACACCUAUGCAUGACAAAAUGGGUCUGGUUUCCUUUUUUUGGAUCUCACGACUGCAGAAACAUCUCAGCUCAGUGACUACAUAGGCAAGACUCUGGCUUUCUAUACGACGUUCGGUUGUUGUUUCCUCUGUAACUCCCCCUUUCGACCCGCUGCCAAGCACCCGCAAUGUCAUAAUACGACCAAUAUUCCUACCAGCUGGGGGGGUGCAGGAGUCAGAACGACCGGGCGAAAUGAUUAAGACGUUCCUGUUCAAACAUACCUAGGUGGCUUUCAAAGUUGUGUAUCCUCCGUGCGCAGGAACACACGACGCUCUAGGGCUCUGAGGUUCUGAGGCUCCGAGGCAGAAAGAAAGAGAAGAAGAAAAAAAAUGUAUAAAGGCCAACCACCCGAGACAUUCUCAAAAUGGAUCCUGAAGUACCUGUCUUGAGGAUCAGCCAACUCCAGGACUCUGCCAUCUUCACAGUGUCUCGUUGACCUCCCUCGUCCACCCGGCUCGCAAGCAUGAUUAACUUUGCCGUCAUCGCCACCGCCCUGGUGGGCACGCUGCUGCUGCCGGGAGCCGCGUUGGGUGCGCCCGUCGAACCUCCUGUCGACCACAACAUCACCGACCGGUACAUCAUCACGCUCAAGCCCGGCGUCACCAUCGAGGCGCGUGAUGCCCACCUGGAACGCGUGGCCAGUCUGCACAAGCGCAGCCUGGGUCGCCGUGACCUGCCCGGCACCGAGAGCACGGUGGAGAUUGAGGAGUUUCAUGCUUACUAUGGCAAGUUUGAUGGUGCCACGGUUGAGGAGAUAAAGAAAGACCCUGAUGUUGCCGCCGUGGAACCCGACCAGAUCUGGACCACAUCGGCCGAGGUGGCCCAGAACGGCUCGACUUGGGGUCUCGCGGCCAUCUCGCACCAUGGGCCUGGCUUCGACUCGUACAUCUACGACGACGCCGUCACUGGCGCCAACAUGUACGCAUACGUCAUCGACAGCGGCAUCAACAUCGACCACGUCGACUUUGGCGGCCGGGCGGUGCGUGGCUACAACGCCUGGGGCGGCGUGCACACUGACACUAGCGGUCAUGGGACGCACGUCGCCGGCACCAUCGGUAGCAAGACGUAUGGUGUUUUCAAGGACGUGAACCUGAUCGACGUCAAGGUAUUGUCCGGCUCAUCAACCACGACGGCCGUCGUCCUGGAGGCCUACACGUGGUCUGUCAACGAUAUGAUGGCCAAGAACCGGACGGCAAAGUCAGUCAUCAACAUGUCGCUUAGUGCUCGCAGCUCUGAUGCCUACAGCGCCGCUAUAGCCGCCGCAUACAAGGCAGGCGUUAUUAGCGUCGUUGCUUCCGGGAAUGACAACCAGCUGUCGUCUACUCACUCGCCCGGAUCUGCCCCUGAGGCCAUCACUGUGGGCAGCAUCGCUUCGGACUGGACCGAGGCCAGUUACUCCAACUACGGCCCGUCGGUCGACGUCCUGGCUCCCGGUACUAAUAUCCUCUCGACCUACAUCGGCAGUAACACGACGACCUUUACCAUGACGGGCACGUCGUGUGCGACUCCUCAUGUGGCCGGACUGGCGCUGUAUCUGAUGGCACGGGACAGCCUGUCGGAUCCUGCGUCCGUGGCUGAUCGAAUCAAGCAGCUGGCCACCCAGAAUGUCGCAACGGCGCUCAAGGAUGGCACUCCGAACCUGGUGGCUUUCAACGGCAACUCACUUGCUUGA